AUGAUAUCCUCAGGGUUUACAAACGCACCUGUCUCGCAAUUCCUCGUCUUCGGAACCGUCAUCGGCGCUCUCGUCGCUACCAUCACCGACACAAGAUACUACCUGCCUGUUGCUGUUGUACCGCACAUUUGGGGCUAUGGACAGCUAUGGCGGUUUGUGACGUGGGGCUGGGUGUUUACGAAUAGCACCGAGGUGCUGUUUGGCGUGUUGGCUUUCUACCAGCUGAGGGUCGUGGAAAGGCUGUGGGGGAGCCGGAAGUUUCUUUCCUUUCUCGUCGCAACCCUCCCAUACACAACCCUUCUCCCCCCGAUCCUCCUAACCUUCGUCCUCCGCCCCCUCACGUUCGGAUAUAUAAACUACCUGCCCUCUGGUCCGACCAGUAUCCUCUUCGCCCUCCUCGCAAACUACUACGCCGCUGUCCCAUACACAUACAAAUACCGCAUCGCCCCUUCUUCCCCUUCCUCCACCGCCCCCACCACAGCACAACAAGCUACCAGCAUCUGGUCACGCAGCAUCACGAUCACGAGCAAAGCGGCGUCCUACCUCCCGCCCUUCCAACUCGCGCUCUCCCAGUUCCCCGGCUCUUUGCUCGCGGCUGCCGUGGGCUGGGCGGUCGGGACAGCAUAUCGUCGCGACUUGCUGCCUGGAGCGUCCGGGUGGAGGGUGCCGGGGUGGAUGGUUGGGCAGGAAGAGGGCGACAAGGGUGGGUUCGAGGGGCUGAGACAGAGACUGGAGAGUGAGAGGGGGGACGGGGCGAGUACGGGGAUCCUGGCGGGGGAGACGGGCGGGGCGAGGCAGAGGAGGACGUUGGGAGAGAUGAUUGGGGGGCAGUUUGGGGCCAGGGGGUAG